ACUACUAGUGAACAUGCGCAGAAAGCAGUGCAAUGUUAAAAGGGCAUUGGCCAGUAAUGCUCAGUCGACUGAAAUCCAACUUGGAAAGGGAGUGUGCUAUUCCUGCUUCAGCUCUUCUUCUUUUCCCUCCCCGUUAUGCUGGCUUCUCAUAAAAGUUCCAGAAGGCCGAGUCUGAUCUGGAUUACAUUCAGGCCAUGUUGGAGUUCGAAAUGAUGAAAGGACUCCCAGAUGGAUUAUCUCAAGAGGAAAACCCUUUGGUUCUUGUGCAGCAGCUUACGUUAGUGAAGUCUCACUACAAAGCGCUGUGUGAGCAGCUGGAAAAAAUUUCCAUCGAGAGGCGAGAGUCCAUGCGCUCCAUCCGCGCCACGCUUGCUAAAACGGUGAAGCUGGUUCAGGAAAUACAGCAUCACACUGGUAUGGAGAUCUCGCCUCUUUCCGAAGAAGAACAGCUUGCAAUGCAACACUUAAUGCUCCAGACUCCCGAAGUUACUGAAGUGCCAGCAAAACAGAAUCGCCCAAAAGAACAUGAAAUCCACUGAUGCCAGUCGAAGUUGAAAAACCAGGCCAUAACUUUAAGUGUCUAAAUGUUCAAAUUUUUUAAAGAAACUGUUGAUUACUGUUUUUAUGUUUUUGUACAUAGGUCCCAAAAUGUUUUCAAAUGAGUAAUGUGUUGAUGAUGCUGGCUAUCAUAAUGUGCCAGUGUUCAUUAUUACGAGUGUCUUGAGACUUGUUAAAGAUGCUUCCAACCAGAUACGCAGUGUUAAUGCUUCUACCAAGACAAGAACACGUAUGUAUAUACUUAAAACCUUUUAUUGCUUACACGUCAUUGAUUGAAACCCACUGUAAAAUAAGAAAGGAUCCUAAAAAUGUUUUUUUAAAAGUACUGUGAUAAAACAGAGAGAUUAAAUUGUGUAACUGGUUGCAAGCAUCAAUGCGCCGAGGGAUAACUUGUGACAGUAUUUUUACUUUUCGUUCUGAUAUUGUCAACUCUAUGGAGGGAGUUUUUUCACCCCAAAAUACACGUUCUCCGUCUUUUUAAAUUAGGAAGAAAUGUAUAUAAAACCAGGAGCCCUGUUUCCUUCUUGAAAUGUGAACUUGACCUCUUCGAGGGGGUUAAUCACAGAGCACUGGACACCAUUUUGUGGCUGUUGUCUCCAUCUUUUACAGGGCUAGUUAAUGGUCUAUAUGCAUAAGCCUAACCUACUUUGGGGAUACAACAUUUUGAGGCAUGACUGUAGUGUUCUGGAAAGACUACUGGCCUCCAAAACAGUAUCAGGCCUUACUUUGUGCUAAUUUAACUUUCCUGCCCAACUCUAAAGGAAGCUUCGCAUGGUCCAGUGUACAACCCCCUUUCUCCUUAAUGUUGUCUUUAGCCUAAUGUGGAGGUGCUUCUUGUAAUAUAGUCAAAGCCAUACCUGUGCAUUUUGACACAACAGCUAAGUUCAGACUUUUUCCUUAACUUAUAUGUAUAUAUAGAUAGACAUGAUUGGAAAGAAUAAAGAGAAAUGUAUUACAUCAUUGUAAAUGUUGUUUUAAUUAUGUUAUUAUUUAUUUAUUAGUUGCUGUCCUGACUGCGACAGCCUCAAAAAGCAAUGUGUAAUAAAAUGUAUUAUUACAUUUGUGGUUAA